CUCAGAGCGAAGGUAAGACAUGGUCUCAAUUUCCUGUUAUGAGGCCAGUCCUAAAACAGAACCCAGGAGCGACAUGGCCACAAUCCCCCCCGAAUCGAGUCCUGAACUCGAGAAAUCCGCAGCUCAAAAGGUCGGCCAGAUUGUGGAGCUUGUUGAGGAAGUCCUAUAUCAUCUUCCAUUCAUCGAGGUGCUCUCAGCGAAGCUCGUUUGCAAGCACUGGCACGACAUGGUCAACCGCUCUCUACCUCUCCAGCAAAAGCUAUUCCUCGCUCCAAUGACAUACGCCCCAGAACUUCGGCUCCCCGGCUACAUCCUCCCUUACGAAGCUAGUUAUGAGCCUGUCACGCACCGAAAAGAAGGCCCGUACAUCGUACAGCCAUGGGGUGGCCGACAGUGGCACCCACUACUCCAAUAUUUCAUCCUGACACCGCGGUGGUUCCUCAAAUACACGUUGGAGCACAGCUUUCUCCACUUGUUCUGGGUUCAGGACACUGGUAUGCGCGCGAUCCGACGUGAGAUCAAAAUCCCCGAUGUUGUUCUUCGCCUGAAGUACUUUGCAACCGCUCCGGACGGCGAGUGGCAGCGUGCGCUCUGUUGCCAGCCUCCCAUCCAGCUGCUGGAAUACGAGCUCGAUGAGGACCUUGAGAUUGAUCUCAUCGCGGGUGGUACAGAGCAUUUCCAAGCCUCUCACAAGCUGAAGGCUGAGUCUGGGGCAGCUGGCGUCUCGAUGGGCCAGCUUCAGACCUGCAUCCGCGUCAUCUUGGCCGAGGUAGAGGAGGUCAUGGUUCAAGCUCAGGAACUCAGGGAAGGAAAACGCAAGGCGAAGUCGCUGUUGUGCAGCGCGACCAAGAACACAGUGGGCACGUCGUUCAAAGGACCAAAGAUCGAAAUGCGCAGAAAACUCGGAGACCUGCGGCUUGCUCAUAAGACAAUGGUGGAAGUGGUUGGGUCCAAGCUCCGAUGGUGCAUGGAUAUCUUUGGGACUGAAUCAUCUUCUGAACCAGACGGAAUGCGUCCUCCCAUUCGUGAAGAGGCUACUUGAGAAAGGCAAGCCGAGGGCAUUCGAACAAGGCUAGGAGCCACAGCAAAUGUUGUAGUAGAUGGCCUCACCUUCGUGUAUACCUCUCUUCCUCUGUUUCUAUACUUUAUGGAACCACGAACACAUAAAACCUCU